AUGUGGGCCAUCCAUGGUCAUCGCAGUCCUUUGGUGUCUACUCUACGAUGUCUCUCGACGUCGCAGUCGAUUCGCUCUGCUCCCUGCGCCUUGAGGUCCGUGUUAUGGGCACCUACAGAGAAACAAGCACCUUCAGAUGCAGCGGUCCCAAGUCAUCAGCUGUUAGUGCGUGCCGGUUUCGUACGUAAAAGCGGCCACGGACUUUUUGCGUUGCUGCCUCUCGGACGCCGUGUUGUGGCCAAACUUGAAGCAUUGAUUGACGAUGUAAUGUCCAAGAUUGGUGCUAACCGUAUGGAUCUGACGGUACUGACGCCCAAUUACCUAUGGAAGCAAUCGGGUCGCUGGCAGAAUCGUGGACCAGAGCUUAUGACAUUUGAGGACCGACAUGAAGAUCUCUUGGUGUUGAGUCCUACGCAUGAAGAGAGCAUUACAAACCUCGUAGCAAUGUACUACAAAACUGCAGGAACAAUGGAUUCGUCUUUGAGACUGUACCAGAUUGGCCGCAAGUUUCGUGACGAAAUCCGGCCGAGAUUUGGCCUUUUAAGAGCAAGAGAGUUUGUAAUGAAGGACAUGUACUCCUUUGAUACGACGUACAACGGUGCGUGGCAGACAUACCAAGAUGUUACGUGUGCGUAUAAUGAAAUCUUGAUAUCCAGACUAAAGCUGCCGGUGAAACGUGUGGAAGCUGAUUCUGGAAGUAUUGGUGGCAAUCUAUCGCAUGAGUUCCACGUGCUAGCAGAUGUCGGCGAAGACGCAAUUUUAUCCUGCUCGUCACCUGCUUGUGACUAUGCGGCUAAUGUAGAGAAAGCAGAGGGAAUCUUACCGUCAUAUGGUGAAAAUGAGACGGACCAAAGUAAUGAGGCAUCUGUAGAUCUUAGCGCCACCAUUGCGAAACUUGAGGAACAGGCUCGUUCUGGGCAUGCACAAGUGUGGAAGUCGCUGAUUGAGCUUCAUGAUGCUGCAGGUGCGCAAGGGUUUUCGUUUAAAUUAGUGUUAGAGCAGGAGGAGAACAAUGAUCAUGUUGCUGCUAAAAACAAUGACGAUGAUGAUGGCACUCCACUGCGUCGAAUGGCUUUGUGCAUUGCACGACAUGAUCGUGAGGUGAACGAGCUCGCAGCGAAGCCGUUUAUUGGCGGCAACAAAGGUGUUGCGAUCGAAAACAAGACAAAGAUUGCUGAUUUGCUUACAGAGCUUCAGCAAACAAGGGCAUUGCAUUUGCUUCUGGAUAAUUCGCUGAAGCAGGGCGAACGUAUCACUCCGGCUGUCAAAACGCUAUGCGCCGUUGCAACGACCCUGUCCAAGCAACAGGAACACAUUUUUCUUGCAUGGGGCCACUUUCGUUUGGCACAAGCUGGUGAUUGUUGUCCGCGCUGUCAUAGUGAUGCUGCGGUGCUCGAGGCCAAGCGUGGAAUCGAAGUUGGUCAUGUUUUCUAUCUUGGGCAAAAAUACUCCAAGCCUUUUGGCGCGACGUAUACGGACACGAAGAACAACAAGCACCCGUUAGAAAUGGGUUGCUAUGGCCUUGGUGUUAGCCGACUAGUAGCUGCAGUAGUCGAAGCCUCGCACGACGACCACGGCAUCGUUUGGCCAACGGAAAUUGCUCCGUACAAGGUUCUCGUCAUGUCCAUUGGCAGCAAGACAUUGGAUGAUUCCGUAUCUCAGGCGACAUGGAAAAUUGGAAGUGAACUUGCUUCCGGCAAGGUGGUUGGUCUAAUGCGAGACGAUGUGCUGCUUGAUGACCGCUGGCGAGAAAGCCCAGGCUCAAAAUUAGCUGAAUCAGAGCUUAUUGGAUACCCAUAUCGUGUCAUUGUUGGUAAACGCUUCAUGAAAGAAGGUCUCGUGGAAGUUCAGACGCGAGCUACAAUGGAAAAGACGUUUGUACCACCAAAUGAACUUCCUGCUUUUUUUGCCAGACGUGUCCAAGCAGGUACAUUAUAG